AUGGCGUCUCUAGUCGAGCUCAACAAGCCAUCCUCGGCUCCAAUCAUGGUCGAUUCAUCCGACGAUGAUACUCAGCUUCGCGAGACGAACAAGGACACACGGACGGCUGCCAUUCUGCAUAAUCGACAGGGCAACGUUGUCUUCCCCGGCGAGAUCCCUUCCGAAGUCGUCUCCCCCGAGAUCGCCCAGUCAUCGGCAGGCGACCAAGAUAAAGCCAAGUCGCAGUCUACAUCGGACGUACUGAGUUCAAAUAAGCCACCCAUAGCUACAAAAGACAGGAAAUCUACAGAUCGGCCAUCUCUAGAGGGCUCCAAAAAGUUCGUGACUGAUGUGCCACGUCGACCUCCACGACGAACAUCUGCCGCGCCUCUUGUGAAGCGCACAGGGACAAACGUGUCCGAGCUCAAUCGAGCGAUAUGGAGCCGAAACUACGAGAGUGAUGGCGACAUGUCCACUUCGUCGUCGGAAUCAGAGGAUGAGGAGGAUGGGGGACCAGCUACCAGGGUAGGCACAACUGGUAGUAUAUCGAAGCCGAAACGUGCCAACACCGAGGACAAGUAUCGUCGAUUUGAUCUAGCCAACGAUAAUUACAGCACUAGAGGAAAAGUAUCGAGGAGAGAUGGACGUUUGAAUAUUACUGUCAAUGAUACGAGCAACACUGGAUACUUGGCCAAGGCAUUGGGCUCGGCCGUCCACAAAGUCGUAACACCCGCCAAACACAAGGGAGACGAAUUGAAAGCCGAGCGACCGUCGCCAUCGAGACUGUCUUCCGCGAGUACUGCAACGUCGGAGAAAGUAAAGCGCCCCAAACUGAAUAUCGUCAUCAUGGUGAUUGGUUCUCGUGGUGAUGCGCAACCGUUUCUAAAGAUUGGAAAGGUACUCAAGGAGAACUAUGGACACCGUGUACGAAUUGCAACCCACCCAGCGUUCCGCGAGUUUGUUGAGAAAGAUUCAGGUCUCGAGUUCUUCUCCGUGGGUGGUGACCCGUCAGAACUGAUGGCUUUCAUGGUCAAGAACCCUGGCAUGAUACCAAAGUUGGAGACCGUCAAAGCUGGUGACAUUGGCCGCCGACGAGCUGCCAUGGCCGAAAUGUUUGAUGGGUUCUGGCGGGCGUGUAUUAAUGCUACGGACAACGAAAAGGACACGCAAAACCUCAAAUUGAUGGGCGGGAGGGCACCUUUUGUGGCAGAUGCCAUCAUUGCAAACCCGCCCAGUUUUGCUCACAUCCACUGUGCCGAGGCAUUGGGCGUGCCCUUACAUCUCAUGUUUACCUUUCCUUACACGCCCACGCAGGCCUUCCCGCACCCGCUUGCUUCCAUCAAGAAAUCAAAUGUCGAUCCUGGGUACACAAACUUCAUGUCCUAUCCAUUGGUCGAGAUGAUGGUAUGGCAGGGUCUGGGGGAUCUCGUCAACAACUUCAGAGUCAAGACGCUGGGUUUGGACCCGGUCUCGACUUUAUGGGCACCUGGUUCAACUUACCGUUUGCACGUGCCAUUUACCUACUUGUGGAGUCCUGGUAUCGUGCCCAAGCCUGAGGAUUGGGGCGAUGAAAUCGAUGUAGCAGGAUUUGUUUUCCUCGACCUGGCCUCAAGUUUUCAACCCCCACAGGAACUUGUUGAAUUUCUGGACGCUGGAGACACCCCGAUUUAUAUUGGUUUCGGGUCCAUCGUGGUUGACGACGCGGACAAGUUCACAGAGAUGAUCUUUGAGGGAGUGAAGAAGGCUGGAGUCCGAGCGUUGGUCUCCAAAGGAUGGGGAGGGCUGGGUGGUGACAAUGUUCCUGAGAACAUCUUCAUGCUUGAGAACACGCCCCAUGACUGGCUUUUUCCAAAGGUGAAAGCUUGUGUCAUUCAUGGAGGAGCGGGCACCACUGCGGCUGCCCUCAAAUGUGGCAAACCCACCAUGAUUGUACCAUUCUUUGGCGAUCAGCACUUUUGGGGCUCAAUGGUUUCAAAUGCUGGCGCUGGACCCGAAGCCGUGCCCUACAAGAAGCUGGAUGCCGACAAACUUGCCGAGGGGAUCAAGUACUGUCUCACAGACGAAGCGUUGGAGGCAGUACAGAAAAUUGCCAAAUCCAUCGAACUUGAGGGUGACGGGGCAAAAAACGCGGUCAGAUCUUUCCACAACCACUUGGUCCUUUCUGGAGAAGAAUCCAUGCGUUGUGCCAUCUUGACCGAUCGGGUUGCCGUUUGGCGAAUCAAGGACACUAGUAUCAAGUUGAGUGCCAUGGCUGCCGACAUACUGGUAGAGAAAGGCUACCUCACAUGGAAUCGACUUCGCCCGCUGCGACACAAGGAAUGGAACGACUUUGAGGGGCCCGGCGAGCCCAUCACAGGUCUAGCCGGAACUCUUGCUGGAACUUUGGGCAACUUCUUUACUGGUUUCGGCAGCGUACCUUAUCGUCUCGCCAAGACAACAAAGAAACGCGAGGAGCACAAGAAGAAGAAGAUGGAAAAGCGACGACAGAAGCUUGAGCAAAAGAGAAGAGCUGCCGAGCCCAAGCCACUGGCACAAGAGGGAGUUGCAGGUUUCCCAUUUCCACCAGCCAAUACCGAGAAUCCAGAGCAGCAGGCAGAAUCUCAGCCUCAAAGACCGAAACCUGAAAGUCACCUGACUAACGAGUCCAACUUGACUGCAACUCCGGCAACCGCGCCCGCAGCAGAGGAAUACGCCAACGAGGUUUCCGAAGGUCUCGGCCAAUCUGGCCGUGCCCUCGCAAAGGCGCCAGUUAAUUUGGCCGUAGCUGUGGCCCAAGGAUUCCACAAUGCGCCACGCCUCUACGGUGACGACACCGUUCGAAAGCCAAUUCGCAUCACGGGCAUCAAAUCGGGUCUCAAGGCCGCUGGAUCCGAAUUCGUCUAUGGCAUAUACGACGGCGUCACGGGUCUAGUGAGGCUUCCGGUCAAAGGUGCCAAAGAAAGAGGUGUUCGUGGAGCGGCUGCUGGCGUGGCCAUGGGCAUUGGCGGUUUCGUCUUGAAGGAUAUAUCUGCCAUCGUAUCGCCAUUAGGAUUAACCUUGAAAGGUGUCGCAAAGCAGGCGGAACGACGAGGUCAACCUGUCAAGUUCAUUCGCCGAGCUCGGAUUGUCCAGGCCCAACGCGAGAUGAAGGACCUUUCGGUCGAAGAGAAGAAGACGGCAUGUGAAGAAACUUAUCGUGGAUGGGAUACCAUGCGACAGCUUGGUCAAAGCGUCAUGAAUGAAAGCGAGAAACGCAGUCUCACAAGGCACUUUAGUAAAAGCCGGCAUAGCGAUCCUCAUAAAGGCAAGCAACUCGGCAAAUGGGGUACUGGAAGUGCCUUUGAGAAUGUUGAGUCUGCCGAAAAGGCCAUUGCUGCUAUCAAGAGAGGUGAUGAUAUCAAUGUUGUUCUUGGCAAGAACAGGAAGAGCUUUGACGUGCGCAAGAGUGCAGACGUGCGCAAGGACAAAGACAGGCAGAUCUCGUUGCAUGACACAGACGAGGCGAAACAAGUAAAGGAAAAGGCACGGGAAAAGGCUGCGCAAGAUGUGGAGGAAGAUUUGCAAAAAGAGAAGCUGCCUCCUAGGAAACAGGACGAGGCACCUCUUGAGGCCAAUAGCCCCGACCCUUAG